AUGUUCCGCAGGGCACGCCUUAGCGUGAAGCCGAAUGUCAGGCCCGGAGCAGGCGCCAGGGCCUCCACCGCCCCCAGUUCCCAGCGUGAACAAGAAGCUCCAAGGCCGCAGGAGCCUGCCGCGGCCUCUGCUCCGAAGCCUCCGGAAUCCACAGAUGUGCCCCCGGUGGAUUUCGGGGAAGCGGAGCCCCAAGACAAGAUUCCCAAGAGCAGUGUUGAAAAGACUGAUGAUGGGAAGGAUGUUGAAGAAUCCAGUAAGCCUUCCUUUACUGUUUCACAGAAAAGAAAGCGAAUACCAAGUACUUCUAGUCUGGUCAAACCUAGUGUCAGUGUUCCUUCAGAACCUCAUCCUUUAUCUACAGUUAAUCAAGAAGCUCCACAGCCAAACCCUGUUCCAACAAAAGAGAAACAGCCAUGUUCAGACAGAUACCGAAUAUACAAAGCCCAGAAACUGAGGGAAAUGUUAAAAGAAGAAUUGAGGAAAGAGAAGAAGCAAUGGAAAAACAAGUAUGCCGUAAAUGAAACUCAAAGGCCACCGGAUCGUUCCAAAAUGACUAUGAGAGACUUCAUAUAUUAUCUACCAGAAAGCAAUCCAAUGACUUCUUCACUGGAGCAGGAAAAGAAAACUGAAAAAUCAUCGACACCAGUCCGAACACGAGAGCCAGAAGGCAAGACUACUCCUGAUGGGGAAGAUAACGAAGAAGUAGAAGAAGAGUUGGAUGAUGGGCCCUUGCUGGUUCCUCGAGUAAAAGUGGCAGAAGAUGGUUCUAUUAUUUUGGAUGAAGAAAGUUUAACUGUAGAAGUUUUAAGGACAAAAGGUCCCUGUGUUGUUGAGGAAAAUGACCCCAUAUUUGAGCGUGGUUCUACAACUACAUAUUCCAGCUUUAGGAAAAGCUACUACUCUAAACCAUGGUCAAAUAAAGAGACAGAUAUGUUUUUUUUAGCCAUCAGCAUGGUAGGAACUGACUUUUCUAUGAUUGGACAGCUUUUUCCUCACAGAGCAAGAAUAGAAAUUAAGAAUAAAUUUAAACGUGAAGAGAAAACAAAUGGAUGGAGAAUAGACAAAGCAUUCCAGGAAAAGCGCCCUUUUGACUUCGAUUUUUUUGCUCAUUUGCUUCAGAAAGUUCUUGCCGAAGAAGAGAAAAGAAAACAAAAAUCUGUUAAAAAUCAGAGUUCAAAGGAGAAGAAGUCCUCUAAAUCACGGAAAAAUGUAAAAGUGAAAAAAGUUGCUAAUGAUGAUCGAGAUGAGUCUGUGAGCACUAAAAUUUCAAACUCAGGAAGGUCGCAAAAGGAUGCUCAGACAGUUGAAGAAGAACUGCAGUCUCUGACUUUAUCUGAACAGGAUUCAGAACAGAAUGCAUUAGAACUAGACGUAAAUCAAAAGAAAAGAAGAAGAAAGAAUCAGGGUGAAGGUAGUGAACAAGAAGUGUAUCUUUCAGGAAGUGCCACUGUUCAGCCAGGCUCUUCUAAAGGAGAAAAACACAAAAAUAAAGGCCUGUCUUUAAGUCCUGAGAUUAAUGAAAAUGAAUCCAGUAAGGAACAAGAGCUUCCCUGUGUACAGGACACAGAUGACCUUGUGGGUUUAUCCUCUAGUGAAGACACUGAGAAAAGAACUGACCCUAUUCUUUCAUCAAGUCAACAAGAUGUCAUAUCAGUAGCAACUGAGACUGCAGAAUCAAACACUUCAGACUUGCCUUCAUCAGAAGGUGGCAUUAGAGCAUUGUGUGGGGUGAAUAGUGCUGAGAGUAGUUGUACAGAAGAGAGAGAUGUUGACCUAAAAGAUAAAGCACUGGAACCUGAUCAAACAGAAACUAUUAAACCAAUGACAAGAGGACGACUCCAGAGACCUAAACCCAAUUUAUCGAGGGCAAUUGGGAAGAAAUCAGUUCUUUCUCGAGGUAAAACAGAUGCAGAGGACAAGAGUUUACAUAAAGAAACUCCUGUUGAAAAGAGUCCCAUGGAAAAGGAUGGUAUUUCUGGAAUGGAGAAUACAGAGAAAGGGAACCGAGAACCUGACACUGUAUCUAAUUUGAGUGAAAAAACUUGUCUGCAGGAAGAUGAUCAACCAAAGGCUUUCAGACCUGCACGACUAAUGCGGGGCUUAUUACAAAGGCUGAAACCAAAUGUAGGUAAAGCUGCUGAAAGAAAAGGAACUCUUACAUCACAGGAAAAGCCCAGUGCCAGUAUAGAAAAGAAUGAAAAUGAAUCCUGCAUCAAUAGAAAUACUCCUGAACAGAUAGAAGAUCAAUCAUGUGAAAAUUUUGAGUGUGAAGACAUUGCAUCACUACCUGAAAAAAAGGACAGUUCCUUUCAAAAUGUGCAGUCAGAUGAGCCCAAGGCUGUUAAUGAAUGUCUGAGUAUUCAGGAGGAUAAUAGAGCAAAUAAAGAUGUUCGAAUUCCAAAGACUCGAUUUCAGAAACCAAAGCCAAAUAUAGGGAGGAGAACUGGAAGAAGAGGAAUUUCCUCAAAGGAAGAGGUACCAAAGGAGGUAAUUGCCUCUGAGGAGAUGACAGCAGCUUUGAGAGAAACUGCAACACUGAAAACCUCACUAAGGGAGAAGGAACCUGUGGAGACUAAUACUACUAAGGAAAUGGAGUCAGAUUUAAAAGAAAUUGGAAGAAAAGACAUCUCUUCCAGGGAUAUAACGCCGGAAAUGAGUGAUGUCGCUGUGGAAAUGGAGACAGAUUUGAAAGAAACUGAGAAAAAUGACAUCUCUCCCAGGGAAAACAUGCCAGAAAUAAGUGAUGUCACUGUGGAAAUGAAGACUGAUUUGAAGGAAACCGAAAAAAAUGACAUCUCUCCCAUGGAGAAGAUACCAGAAAUGAUUGCUGUCAUUGCAGAAAUGGAAACAGAUUUGAAAGAAACUGGAAAAAAUGACAUCUCUCCCAGGGAGAAAAUGCCAGAAAUGAGUGAUGUCACUGCAGAAAUGGAGACAGAUUUGAAAGAAACUGAAAAAUAUGACAUCUCUCCCAGGGAGAAAAUGCCAGAAAUGAGUCCUAUCAUUGCAGACAUGGAGACAGAUUUGAAAGAAACCGGAAAAAAUGACAUCUCUCCCAGGGAGACAGUACCAGAAAUGAUUGAUGUCACUGCAGAAAUGGGGACAGAUUUGAAGGAAACCAGAAAAAAUGACAUCUCUCCCAGGGAGGAAAUACCAGAAAUGAGUGAUGUCACUGUGGAAAUGAAGACUGAUUUGAAAGAAGUUGGAACAAAUGACAUCCUUCCCAGGGAGAAAAUGCCAGAAAUGAUUGAUGUCACUGCAGAAAUGGGGACAGAUUUGAAAGAAACCGGGAAAAAUGACAUCUCUCCCAGGGAGGAAAUACCAGAAAUGAGUGAUGUCACUGUGGAAAAGAAGACUGAUUUGAAAGAAGUUGGAAAAAAUGACAUUUUUGCCAGGGAGAAAAUGCCAGAAAUGAUUGAUGUCACUGCAGAAAUGGGGACAGAUUUGAAAGAAACCAGAAAAAAUGACAUCUCUCCCAGGGAGGAAAUACCAGAAAUGAGUGAUGUCACUGUGGAAAUGAAGACUGAUUUGAAAGAAGUUGGAACAAAUGACAUCCCUCCCAGGGAGAAAAUGCCAGAAAUGAUUGAUGUCACUGCAGAAAUGGGGACAGAUUUGAAAGAAACCGGAAAAAAUAACAUUUCUCCCAGGGAGAAAAUAGCAGAAAUGAUUGAUGUCUCUGUGGAACUAGAGACAGAUUCAAGAGAAACUGGAAAAAAUGACAUUUUUGCCAGGGAGAAAAUGCCAGAAAUGAGUGAUGUCACUGCAGAAAUGGAGACAGAUUUGAAAGAAACCAGAAGAGAGAUUUUCCCAGGGGAGGAGAUAACAGUGGUGACUGAGGCCACAGAGGAAAGAAAGACAGAUUUGGAAGAGACUGAAAGAAGAGAAAUGUCCCUAGAGGAAAAUGUCCCAGAGGAAGUUGAUACUAUUUGUGAGGUAGAAACAGAUUUGAAAAAAACUGAGAGAGAAAUUUCCCCAAAUGAGAUAGCAGAGAUGCCUGGUGCUGCUGAGGAAGUAGAGACAGGUCUAGAAGAAACUGAUAGAAGAGAAAUAUCUACACAAAAAAAAGCCUCAGAGGUCAAAACUAUAGGUGAUGAAAUGGAUAUAGAUUUGAAAGAAAUUGGAAUAGAAAUUUCCCCAAGGGAAAAGAUAUUAUUGGGGAUCAGUGCCACAGGGGAAAGAGAGACUGAUGUGGAAGAAACUGGGCAGACAGACAUUUUCCUGAUGGAGAAAGCAUCAGCAAAGGUGGCUGCCAUUGAGGAAAUAGAGGCAGAUUUGAGAGACACUGGAAAAGAAAUUUCCUUGACGAAAAGCAGAUCAGAAGAGAUCGAGAAAAGCGUGGCAGAUUCGAAAAACAUAGAAAAAAUAGACAUUUCCCUAAGGGAAAAAGAACCAGAGGAGACUGGGACCUCAAGUCGAGCUGAGGCAGAUCCCUUGCAGGCCAGCAGUGGUGACUCCAGCACUGUGCCUUCACUGACUAAGAGAGACUUGGGCAGGGAAGUGCUAUCUGCUGUGGUUCAUACAUCUGUAGAAGAAAAAAAUUCUGAAAAGGAAGUGUCAAGUCAGUUGAGUCAUUUGAACAUUUCUUCUCAGUCUUCUGAACUUGAUAAAAUAGAAGACCAGAGGAUGCGACCUCCAAGUGUUCCAGAGCAGUUUUCAGAUGUUAAUAUAAGCAAAUCUCUUCCUCAAGAACAGACACCAUGUGAAGUUAAGCUGACACCCUUUGUGAGAAGUAGAUUCAAAAGACCUAAACCAAACUUACCAAGAGCAGCUUCAAAAAGAGAGACUACGAAAGCAGAAAAGCAUGCACCUGGGAAGGAGGUGGAAGCUGAUAAAACAGAGACGGUUGUGAUACAGCAGAACUGUGAACAAAUGAGUACUCUCCCUUCUCAACAUGAUGUGGCUUCUCUAAUGACAUCAAGAGAGAAAGACAAAUUAGAUCACGGUCCAGAGGAGACUGUGAUAUUACCAUGUGUGCAGACUGUAAAGGACCUUUCACCUUUGAGUUCUUGUGAAUCUAAAGAGGAGUCUCAGUCUACACAAGCCCAGGAAAAGAAAUUAGUUGUCUCUAUGGGGACUCAUAAUAUAAACACUUUUGAACAAGGAAUAAAGGAAAGGGUUAUCCAAUCUGCUCCACUAGUAAGGGGUCGACUUCAGAGACCCAGACCAAACUUAAGAAAGGUGGGCCAGAGGCAAGUAAUAGAAAAAAGUGAAACCAAAGAAACAACUAAGGAAGAAAAGAUGCUACAAAAAGACGAAACUGGAGAGAAAUUCCUGACUGUGCCAAAUUCUCAAAUUGCAACUGAAAUUGAAGUUGUAUCCUCUGAAGUGUCAGAAGGCAGAAUGUCUGAAAACCAGAGCCACGUUCUUUUAGAAAACGUUCAUAUUAACAAAGUAGAUGUUCUAGAUGAAAAGAUGAGACAUGGACAUGAAACGUAUGUUCCUAGUCCACCACAAAUGAUAGGAGGACAGUUCCAAAGGGCUAAGCCAAAUUUGGGAAGAGCACAAAGUAAGAAAGAAGCAUCAGACAUAGAAGAAGACAGAGCAGACCAGAGGAAGGCAAGGAAGCCAGAAGAUAGUUUGUCGCAGCAUGAAGGUUCUGACAGCCAGCUUCUUCCAAAAGGAAAACCUGAGUUUCUGACAUCUCUGGAGGUUUCAGCAAGAAAAGAUUCUGUAGGUUCCGAGGAGACUGAAUUGGCAAAAAAAGAUGCUCAAUCAGAAGUUGAACCAUCUGGGAGUGUUGGAGAGAAGACUGGAGAGGAUAAUUCCGUGUGUGCAGUUGUGGAAAAGCGGUGUAUCAGUAAACCGAGCUCCCCUCAAUUGUUAAAAGAACCAGAUAACUCUAAAAUUGCUCUGGAUCGAAGAAGAGCGCUCUCUUCUGCCUCUGAGCGUGAGAUAGAUCAUAGUAGAAGGAGAGUACGUCGAAAGGUUAAACCGAGCAUCCCCAAAGGGCGUGGCUCAAAACGAAGUCGGAGUAAGACUUCUAAGAAGGAACCCAGAGCUUCCAGGUCUGUGCUGGUGACUCUUCGAGCUUCCCAGGAAGAAGAAGAUGAUGAUGGUGAAGACUUUGAGUCUGACUACGAAGAAGAAAGCUAUCAUCUUGCUCCUGAAGAAGUAAACAAAGCUCCAGUGUUUGUACCUAUUGGUCUCAGAUCUCCCGAACCUGUUCCUGUUCAGAUUGAGGAAACUAUGGAAGAGCUUGUAAUCCCCACGAAUGUCACAGAUGUAGGAUGCAUAACUGUUGUUGAACAUCAGCUUUCAUCAAACGUGGAUGUGAUUCCUCAAGAAAUGAGACAAGAAGAAAAUUUGAAUGCAUUAUCAGUUGAAAUGACCAUAGGUGAACAUUCCCAAGCUGAAACAGAAAGUACCAACGAUGGGAGCACUGAAGCUGCCAUAACCCUACUGACUAUGGGAGAUCUGGUGUUGCAGUCAGAGAUUAGCCCAGAACAGAGUGAUGGAAUAUGUAUACUUCCUGAUGCUCAUUCAGUCGAUCAAAGCCAUAUUCCUUUUAGCCCAGAUAAUGUAAAUCUCAAAAUUGUUCAUGAAUGUCAAGAACCUUCUUCACCUGGCCAUAAUACAUCUCCAUCAGUAGAACAAAACAAGAUUGUAUUGGAUGUGGAUAAACAGAAUACUAAAGAAGAAAUUGGUUUGACAGAAGUAAAGGAAAACACUACAUCAUCCAGGACUACAACUUCUGAAGUGACCAAUAAUGUGAGAAAAAGAAGUAGAUUUGCCAAGCCCAAGCCAAAUCUUAAGAAGAUUUUAGGGACCAAGAGAUUUGGUGCUCAUCAGAAAGUUCCUAGUUUGUUUGUAACUAAAGGAGAAGAAGUGGAAAUUCAAAGAGAAACUGAGAAAAAUGCUUCUCAAGAAACAGAAUUAGAAGAUAAAAACCUAGGGUUGGUUAUAGCAACAGAGAGUACAGAGCAGACCAAAGUGGCAUCUGCACAUGGUGUUGAAGAGACCAGUAUUUCACAAGAAACUCACCUAACUGAAAGAGGUGAAGAUCAAGAAGGGACAUCUGAAGAAGUUCCGAUAUCAUCAGUUGCUCCCGCUGUCUCUUCUGAGUCAGGGCCCCACACAGGCGGUCUGGGCAUGGGUCUUGGUGAGAGUUCUGUUGAAGAGCCUCUGGGAAAGGACUUUAACGGAGAUCCUGUGCUCACACUAAAUGUGCCAGAGUGUAUACCAACUAGUAUUCCAGAAGUCCAGCAAGAGAAUGUAAACGAUCUUCAAGACAUAACAGUCAAUCUAGUUAAUGUACAUCAGGAUGGUGAGGAUGAACAAACUUUCAUCUUAACUCUGGUGGAAAUCCCAGAAGGAUAUGCUGAUAGCACUAUGCAGUUAAUGCCAAAUCCUUUACUGCCGGCGCCCAUAUUGGUCAAAUCGAUGAAUACAAAAGAAAGAGAAGACACGAGUAUCAGUUUUCCAGUAACUUCAGUUGGUCAAGAUGACAUGUGUUUAUCUAAUUCUGAAAGAGAUGAUUCAGAAACGUCUGCUGCUAAUUUGAAUCUUGUAUCUAGGAAGAGAUAUCAUUGUAGCGUUGAUGAAAGUGACCAUGUCCCUCCUGCCAAAAAAACUUCACUCACUUCAAUAGAUUGUCAAAAAUAUACCUCUGAGGUGUGUUCAAAGGAAUUAAAAAAUGUUUUGGAGGAAACAGGGGAGUCUUACAAGGGACAGAAUAUCUUCCCUACCUCAGGAAACAUACAGACAAUUUCAGAACCUCAGAAAGAGCAACUUGAACCAACUUCUCAGAGUAUCAGAUCUGGAUCUCUUAAUAAAAUAACAGAUACACAAGAAAAGGAUGCAUCUCAGUUACCUCAGGAUGAGGUAAUGGUGUCUGAUAAGGAAGAAAGAACUUGUGCUGCUUCUGAGUCUGAACAAAUGGGCAGCAUCACAUCGUCUUCAAAACCCCCCCUAACCAGACCUGGCAGAAGACCCCUGGGAUUUUUGUCUUUACUAUGUUCAAAGAAUAGCUUGGACUCUGAUGAACCUACACAGGUUCAUAGUAAGAAACGACUAAAACCUGUUAUACCUGUAUCAAGACAAAAUUUGAAAAGAUCUAAUCUGCCUAGUGUAAGCCAGAAAAAAACUCAAGAGUCCUCUGACGUUCCAUCUCCAAGUGUUGUUGACAAUACUCAACAUACGAAUAAUGCUAGUUCAGCAACUCAGGUUUCUCAUAAUCGUCCCUUACUGAAAGGAGAAUGUAAAGGUGGCCAAAACCGGGUACCUGAAGAGGAGCCAACCACAGUCUCUGAAUAUUUCUUUAAUGAUAUCUUUAUUGAAGUGGAUGAAACAGAAUAG